AGCAAGUUACAGAGGGACCUUAUGCAAGGCUAACUUCACUGACAAACAUGAAAUGUACACGAUCGGUUUGAUCAAGUACCCAGUAGAAGGCAGUAAUGACACAUUGAUAGCCACCCUUGUUUUCAUGUAAAUUUUCAUUCUCUCUUUUUACUUCGACAAAGGAUUCGGUGAAAUUGAACAUAACAAACUGGGAUGAUAUGACACCAUUUCUUCAAGCUGUCUCUACCGGCAACUUCAGAAUAAUGCAGGAAUUCAUUUCUAAAGGAGCAGACGUAAAAGUGGUCGAUAAUAUCGGAAACAAUUGUCUUCACCUUGCGGUGAGGAAAGAGGAGUUCCAUACUGAGGAUGAAUCCUUAACUGUCUUGGAUAAGUACUACAAAAAGCUCCAGCUUAGCAAAGAAGGCAAGCUUUCAAGCCUAGCAGUGGCUUGUUAUCUGGCCGACAAUGGAGCCAACUUUUACCACAGAAACGUAUGGAAUGUGAUGCCGCUGGAUCUUAUCAACGAUACAAAUUUAAAGGAAAGAAUUAAAGCACUUUUCCCACCACCAUUAUGUCUGCUGUGUAAAUCUAGUGAAGCUACAGUGACGUUUCAACCAUGUGAGCACACUGUUACAUGCAAAGAUUGCUGUUCAGAAAAUGAGCCUAAAAAUUGUCCCAAGUGUCAACAAGUUAUAGUUGACAAACGUGGAUUCGGGUCCCUAAAAUUGAAGGAGAUACAUAUUCAAAAGGUUGCAAAUAAGUUAGGGAGUAAAUGGCGAGACGUUGGUGAGAAUUUAGGAAUUGGCAGUUUCCACUUGAACAAGAUCAAGUUUGAACAUUCAAAUAACAGUACAAAACAGAGCUUAAAGAUGCUCCGCAAAUGGUCGGCAACUUGUGCUCCAGAAGAAUUCACAUUCACAACACUCAGAGAAGCUCUUCUGAAAGCUGAGUGCUUGGACGUACUCGAAUAUCAACCUCAGACAGAGUGAAUUUCUGUGUAAAUACUGUUUAUUUAGUCCCAGAUCAACCAGACAGAGAUCUGUCAUAGGGUGGGGAUGGCAUUCCAGCCAUGAUCACCCUGUCUUUAUCCUUAAUGUAGAGGAGCCAGAAACAUAUUGUCAAGUUUAUUCUUCUUUUAGAUGAUAAUUUGUAAAUUGAUGUGGAUUUGGCUACUACUUCUAGCAGAUCUAACCGCCACAUAGAGACCUCUUUAC